AUGGAUUGGCGAUUUAUGUGGCGUAGAGAUCUCUUUGAGUGGGAGGCUGAGAUGCUUAGGCAUCUAAUAUGUGAAAUUGGGACUGCAGCAUUUCGUAACGAAGGCCCUGACAGCACAAUGUGGCCGGCUGAUUUGUCUAACUGCUAUUCGGUAAAAUCAGCAUAUUCUAUUUUAUCGGAAGCCCCCAAUCCCAGUAGUCAAAUCAUCAUUAACAAAGUGUGGAAUAAAUUUAUGCCUCUAAAAGUGUCGGUGUUCGCGUGGCAAGUUAUUCAAAACAGAUUUCCAUCUAAAGAAAACCUUGUUAAGAGAGGUAUUUUAACCGUGGAUGCACAUUUUUGCGAAGGAGGUUAUGGAAUAAUUGAGUCCACUUCUCACCUAUUCCUUGAAUGUCCUACUGCGGUUAAAGUUUGGUCGGAUAUAAUCUGUUGGUUGGGAGUUUCCGCUUCUUCACAUAACCAAAUUAGUGAUAACUUCAUUGCAUUUUCUGGAGUAUUUCAGGGCAAGAAAAGCCAGGAAACUGGCCUUCGUAUUAUUUGGCUCGCAUGUCUUUGGAGCAUUUGGAAGGCUAGAAACGCAAAGAUUUUUCAAAACAAAGACAUUUGCUGCUCCUCAAUUGUUGAAGAAACUAAGCUCCUCUCCUAG